AGCCGAACGGCUCUCCGUACUCCGGUGACGUCACCGCCGUCCGGUAUUUCGUAUCGUUUCGGCGGGAUCACGACUGUCCGAUGUUGGAGUCACUUUGUAAACAUUAGCUCUCUACCUGCGGACAAAUGGAGCGAGGAAGGAUGAGUCGGGCGGGCAGACCGUCGGAGAUGCCGAUGCGAGUUCAAGACAGCAACAGGAUGAGCAUGGUGUACACGACGCCCCAGAGUAAGCAGCCUUCAUUUGGAAAGCUCAACAUACCCAAACCGCAGUCUGUGACCUCGGAGAGGCGGACCAGCUUCUUUAGUGCUCGGACUAGUGGAGCCAGCAUGCCUCGCAACAGCACCAUGUCGGGGUUCGGAGGGACUGAGAAGAUCAAAGAUGCCAGACCGCUGCAUGAUAAAUCCUUUGUGCAGCAAUGUAUCAGGCAGCUGCAUGAGUUCUUGACUGAGCAGGGUUACCCAGGCACUCUGUCAGCUAAGACGCUCCAGUCUCCCUCUACCAAGGAGUUUGUGAAGAUGUUUGAGUUCAUCUACCGCCAGCUGGACCCAACCUUUGAGAUGCCAAACCAAAAAGUUGAGGAGGAGGUUCCAGCUAUCCUAAAAGCCCUGAGGUAUCCAUUUGUUCUCUCCAAGUGUUCAAUGUAUUCUGUUGGAGCUCCCCAUACCUGGCCUCAGGCCCUCGGUGCUCUCAUGUGGUUAAUUGAUAACGUCAAGAUCACCUGGAGUUUGAGCAAGCAGGAGCUGCUGUUCAGCGACUUCUGUGAAGACAGUGACAACAUCGAGGAAGGGGCUGACUAUAAUAAGCUCUUCCUGGAAUACACAGCUGAGACAUACUCCAAGUUCAUGCAGGGUGAUGACACAUUUGAGGACGAAGAUGAAGCAUUCCUCAACAAACUAAAGAAACUUUACAACAUUGAUGAAGCCUUGCUGGCCUCGAUGGAGGAGAAGUACAGAAUACUGAGCGAUGAGGCUGAACGCCUGGAGAAGGAGAGCCAGACGGACCGUCUAAUGACCAAGAGGAUGGAAAAAAUGAAGCUGCAGGCUGACCUCAAGAAACUCCAGAGUUAUCGAAGCAGCCUGGAGUCCUUCAAAGCCAACCUGGAGAACAAAACUUCAGAGCUGAGUGAUGAGCUGGAGAACACUGUCAGUCACCUGGAGUCUCUAAAACACGAGCAAAAAGAGCUGCAACACCUGCUGCAGAACCAGAAGUUUACUCCAGCUGAUGUGGAGAGGAUCAACAGAGAGAAGGGAGAACUCCAGCAGACCAUCUCCAGUCUCAGCAAGUCUCUCGAAGACGCCGAACAACACAAGUGGAAUGAGGAGAUCGCUCUGGCCAAAGUGAAAGAGAAGGCGGAGCUGAAGCUGGCAGAGUACCACAAGCUGGCACGUAAACUGAAGCUCAUACCACUGUCGGCAGAGAAUGCAUGCGGUCAUGAUUUCGAGAUCAGACCGUUUGAAUUUGGACCCAGCAGCAUGAUUCAGCAUAAAACACAGAUCCAGAUGCUCCUGAGAAAGCUGGUCAGUGAUGUGGAGGAAGAGAACAGUCGAUUAGCCAACAUGAAACUCAGUCUGGAUGAGUCUUGUGAACAGGUGAAUUCUAACAUCAUGGACAAGUCCAAUGACAUUAAGCAGCUGAGAGAGCAGAUUCGCAAGCUGGAUGAACGGUUGGAUUGUGAUAUGCAGGAGCUGGCUCGAGAGGAAGAGGGCUGGGCAGAGGAGAUGGAGUCAGUGGAGAACCAUCGGAAACUUCUUGAGAAGAAGGUUAACCAUGGUUACGAUGAGGCCGUGCAACAACUGAAGGCAGCGCAGCAACAGUACCACCUGGUGCUGCAGGAGACCAACGAAGAGAGACGGACAGUGGCCAACAACCUUGCGUCUGUAUUUACCACAGCGACCAACCACUUGUCAAUCACAGAGAAGUGCCUGGAGGAUCUGCACAGCAGAGUGCAGCGUCUCUGCUCUAAGUCAGUAGAAGAGGCUGAGGCUGCCGUACAGAACCUGCGGGAAACUCUGAAGAGCUUUGUGUCCAAGGCCGGCAACAGUUUAUAGAGUAAAAGAAACAAAUACUUCAUGAGUUGGAUUUUCAUUCAUUUGUUCCUAAUAAUUUUUUCGAAAUGCAUCAUAUGACUUUCUGACAGUUAAUCUAAGAUUGCAUGUCAUAUUAAAUAACUCACAACUUUAGAGAUCUGGUAUUUACAGACUCCAGAUUUUCAUGUUUUGUGUAUGUGUUUUGUGUCAUUUCAUAUCUACGCUUUUCUGUUUUUUAUUACUAACAUUCACAUGCAAAAUAAAAAUUACUUGAAAACCA